CUCCAUGACAUUCAUGUUAUUGUUGUUCAGUACAUAAUCAUGCAUGGAUGCAGGAUUUGAAUGCCUUUGUUUUCAUGAAGCAAAUACAAUAAAUCCGUUUUAGACACGCUGGAAUUAGGAAGUACUCGUUUUAUGGUCGCGGCCUUUUUUCUGUCAUCCACGCCGGCUGUAACAUAUCAGGUUCGGCCCAGGUUGCUGCACACUUGGUUUAUCCCUUCAGUCCCUUACGAUCCUGUGGGUGGUCUGACUGUGCUUUUGCAGCCGUAGAAGCAUGCGAGAGGAGCGGUGUGGCAGUGGCCCUAUCCGGACACAGGAGGCUCGGAGAGGCAUCGCGGGAUUGAUGGAGAAGAUGCGCAUGUAACAGCAUCAGAGGAUGAUUUCACGAUACAGCCGUCGGCCUGUAUCUCACAGCCUGGAGAUCCGUGGCUUGUCCCGCAGCUGUUUGGACCAUCAUCCUCUUCCAGAGGAGACAGACGAUGAUACUGUUCAUCCUCCUAGGCACCUGCAUGAUCUACAGGAGGAUUCGUCUUCAUACAGCAGAUCAGAAUGUCAGACUGUCACCACAGACGACACCACUCAAUCCUGGUCCGGUAUCCAUAGUUACACAGGAACUGGCAUCUCCACAGAGCGCAGCUCCGUCUUCUCCUGGGGCUAUGAUGAAUUUGAUAAGGCUGCUUCUAGACAGGUCCAGCAUAUGUUUGAGGAGAUCGACGAUCUGUUGUACGAGAGAAAAUGUGAAACUCAACUCAAAGGUCUGCAGGAUGAAUGUCAAGAGUGGGCUUCUCGAUUCCCUCAUCUACGGAUCCUUGGGACGCAGCUGGUAUGUCCUACAGAUGAAGGAUUCCAGUGGUACGCCACACCGGCACACAUGCCCAUGUCCUCUAGUGCCGGACAGUGCACGGAGAAGACGGCCAAUGAAUUGUGUGUGCAGGGUCGAAGGGCUGUUUUAUGUAGGCCGUCUGUGGAGGUGACCCACCCUAGUACCGCAUCUAACAGUGACCAUGGAGAUGAGUUGCCCAGGGUGAUCGAGGCAGAGGGCUUGAUAGAAGAAUAUCUCGCAUUUGACUGCAGGGACCUGGAUGAGGAGUGGGAAAGAGAGUAUGUGAACAGAAGGCAGAGACACUUCCUUCCCCCUGUCUCGCCCUAUCGGUGUCGUCGGGAGGCAGUGCUCGAUCUUCUUUUUGAUGAUGUGUGGCGUAAGCUGAUUGGCUGGAUGGAAGAGCUCGUUCGCAGGCAUUGGGAAGGUUUCAUGUCAGACGAUGAGAAGAAUGCUGUAGCCCUCAGCCCUGCAUGUCCUGACUCUCAGAAUCCUUUUCUGCUGCUGUCCACCGCCUCAACGGUGCUUCCUCCACUUUUCCAGACCAGAACACAACAGCUUUCAUCCAGCCUGCAGGCCCAGACCAGUCGAGUGCCUGUAGGGGCAGCUGUUACCCAUCACAAUCUCGAUGACCUCAUCAUGAUACAUGGCAUUCCACUGCAGCAAAGGAACAUGGGCACUCUGGACCGCAUAUCUCAGGACUCUGAGGAGAAAUUGUCUCAUCGUCCUGGCUCUAGCAUCAUUCCGGCCAAUAAACCCCGUCCCCGCCGUGCCCUGGAACAGAGCACUUCCUCCCUGACCCGUCCCCCUCAGUCAGCACGACGACGGAACCCACCCCCUCGCACCCUGAUGCCACUGACAUCCAGCGUAACACAACCCAUUACAACCGGUUCUAUGGAAGAAGUUGUUAGAGGAACAAGACUGACGACUGCCAGCGAUCGUUUGACUUCACCUCCCAUGCCUCUCAGCAGAAAUACGCUCUUGCCUCCCAUUGGCUCUGGAGACCCAGAGCACCCGCACUCCGGACAACACUCUCGGCUCAUACAGAAACAGAGAGGCUCUUCUAGUCGAGCUCAUAGUGCAUUAACCGAUGAAGCUGUUAGUCUGCAGCCCCGAGACAAACUGCACCUGCUGGAUGUGUUUUCCAGACCCAACACUACACACUCUUUCAGGUCGGAUACCCCUUAUCGACGUUCAUUCACUGGAAUAGACACCAUUGGGCAGGGUCGACCUGGCAGAGCAUCUGUUGGCAUAGAUUCUCUUGGAAUUGGUGUGACUGGGAUCAGUUUGGGCAUCAGCAGCUCCUCCUUCAUAGACUCAUAUUCCCAUCAUCCUCUAGGUCACUUCCCAGUCGAGCAUGAGGAGGAGACAGAGGCAAAAGCUCCACUUCCAGCACGUUCCCAUAACAGAGGUGGUACAACGGCACGAAGUAGCAGACCAGGGCUUUAAAACACACAUGCACACAUUCACACACACAUGGUCUCUUGCGUUUUUGAUCGCAACGCACCUCAGCACUGAUGCUAAACUUUUCUUAAGUAAUGACAGACACUUUACAAAUCUGCUGGACUUUUGUAUAACAUGCGGUUUGGUCAUGUACUUUAUUUAUGAGGACUAUUGUUAUGAUUAAUAGCAUUAUUAUUUAUGUUGUGCUUUGAAAUUUUCUAAAACCGUAUUUUUGUAUAUGGGACUAUUCAGCUUCAUAUGGCUGCCAAAUAACUGUCUAUCUCUACAUCUGCAGAUGUACUGUACUGCACAUGAUGUACUGUAUUGAGCAACAACUUUUUGUUUUCCUUAUGACGGCUUAUUAAGGUCUACGUGGCAUUCUUAUGCAGGCUCUGCAAAGCAUGGCUAGGUUUAGUAGAAACGGUUGAGGGUGCCUGGAUGUAAUGGAGGUGAAUCUAGCUAAAGAUAAUGCUUUCGAUUGGACAUGUCUUCAUGCAAAUUAAAAAAAAGUUUUAACAGCCCUUUUAUUAUUUUUAAGGGUUGUAAUAAUUCUUAUAACAAGUUUUCCGUGUUAAAAUGUCCUUGAACAUUUCACAUUCAAAACCCUAUGUACUGUAGAGCAACGCAAAGUUCACUUAUUGUCAGUGUGACAUCAUAAUUGUAUCCAGGGUUUUAUACCCACGUCCUUUCAUAGCUUAAGUCUUGGAACAAUGUGACCCUGUUUUUAAGGGUGGAACGGUACGGAUCGAAAUUCUGGAACUGUGCGGCCAUAAUGACAGGUCAAAAGAGGACUGAAAAUGUAAUGUUUCUUAUUUUUUAUUCAGAAAACAAGCCUUUGUUACUAAGCCUUAGUCUCAUGAGCCAUACAAAGCAUGCAGUGUUUGGCUUGACAAGUGCGAGAAAAUUUAAGGAUGCUUUACUAAUAAUAUACCUAAAAAAUGCAAACAAAAAGAGUUCAGGUUUCAUUGAAUUAACUGUACUUUAAAAAUAUUUUUUUUGCCAUAAGGUGGAGAGUCAUAAACUAAUUAUUUAAUAAUUAUUUGAACAUCCACUAAAAUGGUCAUUUGGUUUCUGUGGUGCCAGCAAAUUCUUAAAUACAUAACUGUUGAAGCA